AUGGCGAGCCCGAAUGGACUGGGUCCGCAGCCAGAUCCCAAUCUGCUAGUACAACACCUCCACAGUGCCACUGAGGAAUUAGCGAAGCUUGGAAACAUAACUGCCCUAGCUGAAGGCAAUGCCAUCCUACAUUCCCUUACACAGCUCACCACUCAAGUGGCACAGCUUACUGCUCAUAUGCAGCGGCUCACCACUCAAGUAGAGCAGCUCGCUACUCAAAUGAAUCAAGGAUUUACUCGGUUGGACAAUAAGAUUGAUGCUCUUACUACUCGAGUUAUCGUAAAUGAACAUAAUAGUAUAGCCCGAGUUCAGAAUUCCUAUGCUACAAGAGCCUCUGAUCGACUUGUACCACUACUGAAUCCAUCAACCAAUACCCCGAUUGAAGACUUUCCAGGAAAACCAAAAGAUAUUUCGGAUAUGGACGACGAGGGAUUUGUUUCUGUCUUACGGCAGUUGGGCUUGUCUACAAAUGGACGAAGGGAAACUAAAGAGAAACGAUUGAGACAGUACAUCGGUCUUCGAUCUGUAUCAAAUGCGGCAUAG